AUGAGCGGGUCGGACUAUUGGCAGAAUAUGCCCCAAGAUGGUGCGGACGAUGCCUGUGUCAACCCGUCGGACUUGAGCCUCGAGCCAGCUCUUGAUACUGAUGGGGAAGCCCCGGAGAUCGACUUAGAGGCAAGCAAGCAGCAGAGCACACCUUACGCGAGUCUGUGUGCAAGUCACCCCGGUGAAUCCAACUUGCCGAGAGACAACCCCUUUGCUCAGCGGACUGGUAAAGGAUGGCUGAAGAGUCACUGCGGCCGCUCCCAGACAUGUGUCUCGAGCCUCAUCGAAGCCGGUGACCUGGAUGAGACCGAUCAGGAGAUCAUUGAUGAUGUACGCGGCCAGAUGGUUGACGAAAGGAAAAGGAAGGCUGGUCAUAAGCGCAGAUAG